AUGGCGCCAAACGGACCUUUUAAACUCGUGACUGUGAAUACCGCUCCCAAAAGAGCAAAGAUCCUCAUUGGCCGUGUUGUGGACAUAUUGAAAGAUGAGUAUACAAUUGAGUAUGUAGCAAACUGCAGCAGCAAAGACGAGGUUGCCGGCGUGGUUGAAACGUAUCGUCCCGACGUACUGGUAAAUUAA